AGGUUGCCUGGUCUGAUGAGUCUCGAUUUCUGUUGAGACAUUCAAGUGGUAGAGUCAGAAUUUGGCGUACACAGAAUGAGAACAUUAAUCCAUCAUGCCUUGUUACCACUGUGCAGGCUGCUGGUGGUGGUGUAAUGGUGUGGGGAAUGUUUUCUUGGCAAACUUUAGAACCCUUAGUGCCAAUUGGGCAUCGUUUAAAUACCACGGCCUACCUGAGCAUUGUUUCUGACCAUGUCUAUCCCUUUGUGAUCACCAUGUACCCAUCCUCUGAUGGCUACUUCCAGCAGGAUAAUGCACCAUGUCACAAAGCUUGUAUCAUUUCAAAUUGGUUUCUUGAACAUGACAAUGAGUUCACUGUACUAAAAUGGCCCCCACAGUCACCAGAUCUCAACCCAAUAGAGCAUCUUUGGGAUGUGGUGGAACGGGAGCUUCGUGCUCUGAAUGUGCAUCCCACAAAUCUUCAUCAACUGCAAGAUGCUAUCCUAUCAAUAUGGACCAACAUUUCUUUCAGCACGUUGUUGAAUCAAUGCCACGUAGAAUUAAGACAGUUCUAAAGGCGGAAUGGGGUCAAACACAGUAUUAGUAUGGUGUUCCUAAUAAUCCUUUAGGUGAGUGUAUGUCUAUGACAUUAAUUAGGCGUUGUUUAAAGGCGGAGAUCUGAAACUGCUCACCUGCGUGCAAUUUGAAGAUCAUUUGCGAUUUAUAGAUUUCACAUCUGAAAGAAAGGGGAUACUGGCUACCGAGCUAUAAAUUAGAGUGUUCCUGGGCAAUGGGGCUUCACGUGUGUAUGAUGUACAAUGCAAUGGAGAGUGCCUUAGUUCUUCUGCAGAAUGGGGCAGCAGUCAACAGGAAACCAAAUGGGAAGACCCCUCUACAUGUGGCCUGUACAGUGUCUAAUGCUGACUGCGUGGGACUACUUCUGGAAUGGGGGGCGCGGAUCAACAGUAUGUCCCUGAGUGGGCACACCCCUUUACACUACUGUGUUACAGAAGAGUCUUUGGACUGCGCCAAACAGCUUAUUCUCAAAGGAGCAAACAUCAACAUGCCCAGCGAGGAGAACCAAGACACACCUCUGCACACAGCGGCCCGCUUCGGUAUACCUGAGCUGGUGGCUUUCUACACUGCCAAUGGAGCUGACGUCAAUGCAGUCAAUGUCCACAUGGAGACCCCUCUGAUUACCGCAGCGUUCUGGGCCAUGGACAUUCGCGAACGGACCUACAGUGCAGACCACCAUCUUGUAUGCAGGAUCCUGCUGGACAACAAAGCUAACCCGCAUGUUUAUGAAGAAGACAAGAAGACGGCACUGCACAAAGCUUGCUGGAACUGUGAUCAUGUGCUUAUACAGAUGUUGCUAGAGGCUGGUGCCAAACCUCAAGUUAUGGAUAUCAAUGGAUGUGCAGCUAUUCAGUAUCUGCUAAAGGUAUCCCAGAUCAGGCCGUGGGCCAUUCCUGAACGCUGCUAUCAGCUGCUUCUGAACUACGGAGCACCCAGAGUGUAUCCUCCACAAUUUCAUAAGGUGUUGCAGGCGUGCCAUGAUUACCCCAGGGCCGUGGAGGUGAUGGUAAAUUCGUAUGAACAUGUAAAGUACACCAAAAAAUGGAGAGCGGCUAUUCCUGAAAAUGUAUAUGAGCGACACAAGGAUUUCUAUGACUCUAUGUUUGCUGUAUGUACAAACAGUCCACGCACCCUGCAGCAUCUAGCCAGAUGUGCUAUACGUGCGGCAAUGUCCAAUCGAUGUGAACAGGGUGUCCAGCACCUCAUUCUUCCUCCAUCGAUGAAAAAAUAUCUACUUCUGGAGCCUGUAGGAAUCAUAUACUGAUAUCUGCAUUGUAUACUUACUGUAUGUCUGCUGCAUAUCAACAAUUCAGUGCAAUGUUAAAUGAUUCCAGUAUUGGUGCAGAUAUUAUUUUAUACAUUAUGUACAAAAUAUGUUGUUUUUAUGGUAUUUACAUGUAAUGUAAUUAAUAAAAAUACGGUAUGAAAUGUGUGUUUCUUUAUUAGAUACUUUACUAGUGAACAAUUUUAUUGUUAAUUUGUUUCAUUUUACAGAUCUAUAUAUUAAAAAAUAAUAAUACCAAAGUGUGUCGAAUAUCAAUCAGUUUUUAAGCCUGUCUGUUAGGACUCUAUUAAGAGGGAAAAUAAGGUAUCCUUUUCAUUGUAAGUGGAUAAUAUCAGUGAAUAUCAGCCUGUAGUAGCACAUUACAGAUAACAGCUGAAUGAGAUGUCUAAUCCAUUAAUCCUUUUGUCAGAUGAAAAACUGAAGUGCCUAUCUGCAGUUUAAUGAGAGCAGACACAAUAGACAUGAUAACUCUCCCUAUCAAAGGCCCUUAUUUCCUUACAUCUUAUUGCCCAUUUAAUUUUUAAGAUAUA